AUGGAGUACCUUUCAGCGGACGGGUACAUGCGGCUGGAGAAUCGCGGACGCAACCCCGAGGUCGAGACCGAACUGCUCAAAAUCGUCAGUGCGCUCCCAACCCAGAUCAAGCCGGAGGACCGGACUGCGCUGCUACGUGCUAUCCUCGGCGACCUCAGCUGCAAGGCUGUCUGGCGGCGAUGGUCGCAAGAUCUGAAGGUGCUCGGACGAAACCCGAUCGGGUCCGAGGUGCUGGUCGAGGACUCUUCCUUGUCAACAUUGGCGUAUCACACUGGUCUUCCUUUCGAGUCCUCGACGAACCAGCCGGCGACGCCGCCGGCGCUCGAAGCGCAGCGUGCGCUCGCUAACACGCUUGUGCUGCAUGCACCUGCGCGCAAACGCCUUGCGACGAUGGGCGGACCUCAGGCGAUCGGCCGUGCUUUGGCUGAACCGCUGCCUACGGAUCGACUGUUCCUUGUGUGUCGCAUUGGCUUCCUCGUGACGGCCGACGGCAUCGGAGUCAAGGACAUGGUCGAGGGCGCAGACAUCGUGAACCGCCUUGUCUAUCCGAUACCUAUCAAUUACGAUGCUCUCAGUGAGCUGCUCAAGCUCACCGGCAACGUCGUACGGAUAUAUCCGUCCAAGAUCGGCGAGGACUGGAGCGACCGCCUGACCCCUGAGACGGUGCCGAUAUGGACUUCCUCCGGCGGUCCGCGGAAAUGGCCCGGCCUUCGUCUGUUGCCUAAGCGGAGCCGUUCGCCCCUCCGCGCCGAGGACUCGGGGAGCGGGUCGAGCGACAGCUCAUCCGAAGGCAUGCCGCGCAAGCGUGACGACGCCUUCCCCCUCCGCCUCUUGGGCAUCCUGUCUGAGUUCGUUCGCCACCACAUGCCCGGCUGCGUUGAACCGAACCCCGAGCUGCAGCUGGAAGAGAUCCUUCCGCCCGUGCUCCUGCUCGGCGCCUCCACGGCACAGGGCUCUGAGGUCAUGCGCAAGGCGUACCGCAACACCCUGUUCCCGCCUAACCUGCGUGCUCGGCACGAUCCUCCGCCUUCUCAAUUCGACAGAAUACCCGAACUGCUCCAACUCGGCGGGCGAGUUCCUAUGGGAGCGUCCGAACUCUGCGACGAGGUGGGAUACGGCAAUGUGGCGGGACUCAUGUUCCGCAAGGGCAUGUUCCGUCCUCCGCCUGCGAAGAUCAAGGAGCUCGACUCUCCGCGGCCCUCUGUAUCGAGCACAAAGUCGAUGCGGCACCGGAGGGGCGACUCGCGCUCAAAGUCGAUCUCACGUCGGGGCAGCGCCUCGCAGUCACGUCGGGGGAGCGAGUCUAUGCCCGCCUCUCGGCGCGGGAGCGAGCACACGAGCGCACCCCCGAGUGCGUUUGACGAGCGCUUCGCGAACCUGCCGCCGAGCCCAGCGCCGCCCGCGCCGUCGUCAGCAGGACCCGGGCCCUUUGACGACCGCUACGGCCUGAACCCGAUCACGGGUCUGCGGCACACCGCAGACGAUUUCAAGAACCCGUUCGAGGGCAUGUCGGAUGCAGAGAAGGAGCGUGAGGCGGAGAAGAUGUUCGUGCUCUUCGGCCGCCUCAAGUCCAACCCUGUUGUCAAAGCUGGCGUUCCCCAGCCGGAUGGGUCAGAGAAGCCCAUCCACGACGAGAUCAGAGACCAAAUGGUUGGUGAACAGGGCGAGAGGUGGGAGCGCUUAGAGGCAGAAAAAGAGAAAGAGAGAAUCAGACGCCAAGAUGAGCAAGACGAACAAGAGGCUCUCAACGAGAUGGCCGCUUACAGAAAGCGUAUGGGGAGGGCGUAG